CCCUCAGGGGGCGGGGCGGCUGCCGCUGGGGCCGAGGCGUCUGGCGCGGCAGUUGCUCCUCAGCGGCGGCGGCGAAGGGAAGGAUGGCGGCGGCGAUGAUGGUGAUGAUGAUGGUUGCGCCUACGACGAGCACCCCCGAGCGCCUGGGUUGGUCGCUGCUCUUCCUCCUCGGGCUCACCGGCCCGGCGGCCACCCUGGCCGGUUACAUCGAGGCACUUGCUGCCAAUGCCGGUACUGGCUUUGCUGUGGCGGAGCCGCAAGUUGCUAUGUUCUGUGGAAAGCUAAACAUGCAUGUGAACAUCCAGACUGGAAAAUGGGAGCCUGAUCCUUCUGGGAGCAAAAGCUGCUUUGGAAGGAAGGAAGAGAUUCUGCAAUACUGCCAAGAAAUCUAUCCAGAGCUUCAGAUCACAAACGUGGUGGAAGCCAACCAACCAGUCAAUAUUGAAAAUUGGUGUAAAAAGGGCAAGAAGCAGUGCAAGGGCCAUACUCAUAUUGUUGUUCCUUUCAAGUGUCUUGUUGGUGAGUUUGUUAGCGAUGUUCUCUUGGUUCCAGAAAAGUGCAGGUUCUUCCACAGGGAACGUAUGGAUGUUUGUAAAAGUCACCAGUAUUGGCACACUGUCGCAAAAGAGGCCUGUCUGACUGAGGGGACGAUCCUGCAUAGCUAUGGCAUGUUACUGCCUUGUGGAGUAGACCAGUUCCAUGGUACAGAGUAUGUAUGCUGUCCUCAGAUCAAAAUAGUUGACGAAGCACUUUCCAAGGAAGAGGAGGAGGAGGAGGAAGACGAGGAGGAGGAAGAAGACGACUAUGACAAUUACAAAAGUGAAUUGCCUACAGAGACAGAGGCAGAAGAUUUCACAACAGGCGCUGUGGAGGUGGAGGAGGAAGAGGAGGAGCAAGAGGAGAAUGAGGAAGAAGUGGUGGUAGACGAGGGUUAUUAUUUUAAUGACUAUAAAGAUUACAAUGAAGAGCCUCCAACAGAGCCUGGCAAUGAAAAAUCCCUAUCUGAGAAGGAAAUAAUGAGUGAUGUGAAAGCUGUCUGCUCCCAGGAGGCGAUGACAGGUCCCUGCCGGGCUGUGAUGCCUCGUUGGUACUUCGACAUGUACAAGAAAAAGUGCAUUCGCUUUAUAUAUGGAGGCUGCGGAGGCAACAGGAACAAUUUUGAGUCAGAGGAAUAUUGUAUGGCUGUUUGUAAAAAGAUGAUUCCUCCUACUCCUGUGCCUACUGAUGAUGUAGAUGUCUACUUUGAAACACCAGCUGAUGACAACGAACAUGCUCGUUUCCAGAAAGCAAAAGAACAGCUAGAGGUUCGGCAUCACAACCGCAUGGACCGGGUGAAGAAGGAAUGGGAAGAAGCAGAGCGCCAAGCCAAGAAUCUCCCAAAGGCAGAGAGGCAAACUCUGGCACAGCGAUUCCAGGCAAUGGUUAAAUCACUAGAGAAAGAAGCAGCCAGUGAGAAGCAACAGCUUGUAGAGACGCACCUCGCUCGCGUAGAAGCCAUGCUGGAUGAUCGUCGUCGAAUUGCUCUUGAAAACUACCUAGUUGCUCUGCAGACUGACCCUCCAAGGCCUCACCGUAUUCUCCAGGCUUUGAAACGUUAUGUCCGUGCUGAGAACAAAGACCGCCUGCACACGAUUCGCCAUUACCAGCAUGUUUUGGCCGUGGACCCAGAAAAGGCUGCCCAGAUGAAAUCACAGGUGAUGACUCAUCUCCAUGUGAUUGAAGAGAGGAUGAAUCAAAGUCUCUCCCUGCUGUACAAGGUACCUUAUGUGGCUGAAGAAAUCCAGAAUGAGAUUGAUGAGCUCCUUCAAGAGCAGCGGGCUGACAUGGACCAGUUUACUUCCUCCAUUUCCGAGUCCCAGGUGGAUGUCCACGUCAGCUCUGAAGAAAGUGAAGAGUCUCCCCUCUUUGAUGGUAAACCUUUCCGUCCAUUCCAGGUGAAGACUUUCCCAGCCUCGUCUGAAAAUGAAGAUUCUCAGCCGGAUUUAUACCAUCCAGUGAAAAAAGGGUCUGGUAUAGCUGAGCUUGAUGGACUGAUAGGUGCUGAAGAGAAAGUCAUUAACAGCAAGAGCAAGCUUGAUGAGAAUGUGGUUAUUGAUGAAACCCUUGAUGUGAAAGAAGUGGUUUUCAAUCCUGAGCGAGUUGGUGGACUGGUGGAAGAACGGGAAAGUGACAGUCCCCUGCGUGAUGACUUCAGCUUUAGCAGCAGCGCUCUCAUUGGUCUCCUGGUGAUAGCAGUUGCCAUAGCUACCGUCAUCGUCAUCAGCUUGGUGAUGCUGAGGAAGAGGCAGUAUGGAACCAUCAGCCAUGGAAUUGUAGAGGUUGACCCAAUGCUAACUCCAGAAGAACGGCAUCUGAACAAGAUGCAGAACCAUGGCUAUGAGAACCCAACAUACAAAUAUCUGGAGCAGAUGCAGAUUUAAGGGAUGUUGAAACUCCGGCAGUCCUGCCCGACAAAGGGUUAGGCUAGGGAGGGCCAAAAUGGUCCAAUAUUUUGGAUCAACUACUGACCAACUGUUGCUUGAAGAGGACUUCAUCGUACAUUCAGAACUCCUGGAUCAUUUAAGACUUAAUUACUACUGUAGAGUUACAACUUCCAUUCUUUUAAAUGGGUGAGGAAAUGAUAAUAUAACAAUAUAUGAUAUAUAAACCUUAAGUGGGAAAAUGGGUCUAUUGCAGAUAUUUGAGAUGUAGUUUUUUUUUCUUUUUUAAGAAACUCAAUCUAAUGAGGAGAAAUCCCAGUGCUGUUGUAUUGUCUGAUAAUAACAAGCUCUCUGUAUAAAUGAGAAAUGUUGUUUUAUUUCUGAUACACCACUUGUAUAUUCAAGGUCACUUGUACCAACCACAUUGUAUAAACGGGACACUCGUGGCUCCUUGGUCUUUCUGGCAUUUAUAUAAAGGCAGUAUUCCUUUUUAAAAAGAGAGAAAGGUCAAUUUGUUUUCUCCGAAGUCAGAAGCAAGACAGAUUGGAUUUAAUGUCUUUUGGGGGAGGGAAGAGCCCAGAGAAGUAAAUUUGAAACAAUAUUGAAAACCUUAUAUGAAUUUUCAGAUGACAGUGUCCUGUGCAAUUCUGCUGCUAUGUGGCUUGGUUUUCAGAAUUCUAGACCCUCUAGAGCUAUGGAGGGGAAACGCUUCUGCCAUUUUAGGGCCUUCUUAGUGGAAUAUGAAGGCAUGGCUUGUGCGUUUUGGGAUUGCACACCUGCCUUGCUUUCUGCACUCAGUCCUGCUAUAGAAUUGGAAGCCUUUAUGUUUGAGUACAGAUCCUUUCCUGCCUGUCUGCACCAGCACCUUGCCUAGCGUCAGCAAACCCCUCUUGGUUCAUUCAACCCUUCAUGUCAGAUCACAACCUUUAGAAGUGAGGGAGGCUGAUAUAUCUUCCCAUGACACCAGGGCUUGUGCGCAUUGCCAGAGCCACUGACAUGUGUGGGAAUAACUAAGAAUUAGGGGAGCCAAAGAAUCGUCGCAGCUGUGCCCUCCAUUUUGGGAUGGGGCUAAGGAGGGGAGAAGACAGAAUGCCCAGGUGAUGGGAAGGGAGAGAAUUGGUGGGCAAUGGAGUGUCAUGGGAGUUGUUCCAUCCACCAUCAUGUCUUUGUAAUGCUUGUAUAGUUGGUGUUAAUGCUCACGGCUUUUUUAAAAAUUCUGGAGGUUCUGGUAACCUGUGGUGUAUUUUUUUCUGUUUUCUUUGACUUUUCUUUAUCCUCCACUCCUUAUCAUGUCUCUUCCCACUAUGCACAGAUUUACUUAACCUGCAAACUUCUUAGUGUGGUCUGUGGGGAAUGUACAAAGUUGAAAACACAUCAAUAAACACUUAAACUUCCAAA